UUGCUUAGAAACACUGAAAAUUACAACCUAAAGGAGCUAUGCUGCCUUCUUUUGGAGUCACGUUAGUGCUACUGAGAAGCUUGUCUACUUUUUAAGCCUAAGAAGACACAUUUUCGGCAGGUAAACCAAAAGCUGUCAGGAAACAUUUCCCGCUGUUCCGCACUUGCUGGCUCUUCAGACUGGACAGCUCUCCUGGUGCCAAAGUAUUUACAGAAAUUCCCCAAGUGAAACAGUCCCUUGGAUAUGACUGGCCCUGUAUUUGCACAAACUGAAGUAACAGCUACACAACGAUAACUUCCCCCACGGAAACCCACUGGAUGCUGCAUUUUUACCUGGUCAGAAUUGCUUACAGUUUGCUUAACUGUUUGGGAAGAUUAGUUUCAUUUGCACCUUUAAAAAGAUGGCUGAAGAAGAAAAACUCUCUCUAAAGAAAGCAAUUCAGUUUGGCAUUAAUGGGUAUAUUUCAUUAGGAAAACUAUGCAUCAGAAAUGAAAAUACACCCAAAAGUUAUAAUGCUUGUUGUUUCAACAACAUGCAAAUAAAGCACAUGUGACUGGACCAUCAUAAAAAAAGGCUGGAUCACCAAUGGAGAACUGACUGUCACACAAGAGCCAUCAGGAAAGCCAUAGACUCCACCUUACCUUUAAAUCGUCUAACUGUAAGCAUAACAGCCUAUGUAAUUUUGUAAUCUGAAGAUUAUGUUAGCUUCACAACACACAGAUUUCUGCACUCCCUUGCUACAAGAAAUCUUUCAAUAAACAUGGUAUAGAAUUUCUUUAUUUUAGUAUUUGGUCAAUUAAAUUUGAAAGGGCAUUCCUAAAGAGAGAAUGUCAGUUAAAAGCACACAUAACAAGAAGAAUGAACAGCUUAGCUUCUUCAAGAGCAAAGUAUUCAUUUGCACCUUAGGAACAAUCUUAAUAUUCAGUUCAAAUGACAAAUGAAAUGGGUCGCAAAGAAACACGUUACUUACAGACUUUAAAUUGUGAUUCAAUGGCCCAGCAAAACAUGAGAAUGCGCCCAGUGCUCCUGAAAAGGAACAGUCUGGAUUCAGCUGAUUUUAUAAGACAGCCACAGCACCGCAGGAGCAAAUCUCAGCAGGUUCGAUUCAAGGAUGAUGGUGUGAACACAAAGAACGAGCUGGAUCCUAACCCUGCCCAACAUAUAGCAUUCAUGGCUGGAAAACCAGAAAUAUUUACUGAUCACAGUUUUUUGCUACAUCAAUCUCCAUCUGCUGCAAGGGCUCAGAAGGGGCUUCAGAAUAUUGCCAUACAAACAUCUCCCAGCCUCAGGAAACACUUCCCAGUUUUUAAAAGAAAAAAGCUGACCGUCAGCAAAUCACUAACGGAGAUGCCAAGUGAGCCUGCAAACUCUGUCCAGGUGAACGGCAACCUUUCUGAUCAAGACAUGAUGUCUUCAGAUCUCUGUUACUUAAGAAUAACUAAUCAUUUGGAAGGUGGGUUUAAGGGGAGUGAGGUGGAUGGUCAGUUAAGUCAAAGGCCAUCAAAAGCACAAAGCAAUGGACCUAUCCAGACUGACAGUUUCUCAGGAUCAGAGAAGACAACUGUUUCUACACAGAUGCCUGAAUACAUACAUGUGGGUUUUCCACAAGACAGCAAUGUUUCCAUGGAUGCACCAGACACAACCACGAAUUUAAGUAAUUCACUGCAUUCUUCUUCUGCCAUAAAUAUCAAUGGAAAUAAUGACAGCAGCACGCUGCUGUCUAAUUCUGGAAAAGCAUACCCUUGCCUACUCAAUUCCAGUAACUGCAGUGAAUACAAUGCUCAUGCUGAGUCCUGUGAAGCAAAUAGAAGUGAUUCGGAGUCACUUGUAGCCAGCAAAGAUGAAAGCAGUAAGGAACCUGCUCCAUUCCCAUCUCCAUCAAAUCACAAUUCAUCUUGUUUCCUCAGAGACUGUCAACAGACAGGAGAGCACAAACCAGAUUCCAGCUGUGUGACAUUAACAAACGAUGGUCACACAAUAAUCUCAGUGACCAGCAGUAAUGCGUCAAAAUCUAUUCUGACAUGUAGUUCAGAAAUGGAGAACAAUUCUACCCAGCCAGCUGUUUCCCAGUGUAACAGCUGUUUAGAAGGAUUUCACAUAAAGUCUUAUCUGCCAAGGAAUGAAAUAAACCCACAAACCAACAAAGAGAUUAGCGGACUCAAUCAAAUCCGUUUGGCACACGGUGAACUCUGUGCCCUCCAAGGCAGGCUGCAGUCUGUAGAGGAAUCUUUGCAGUCCAACCAGGAGAAGAUUAAAGUCCUUCUGAAUGUGAUCCAAGACCUGGAAAAAUCCAGAGCCCUCAGUGAAGGGCGUAACUUCUAUCACACUGGUCAAGACCUCAACAACUGCAGCACCUGCCAGAACACCGCAUGUAUCAUUUACAGUGUAGAAUAUGACUUCAGACAACAAGAAGGAAGAUUUCAUCAGAUUUUGAAAACGCUGGAUCAGGCAGAGCAAAGUCCAGCUCCAGCUUCACCUCAGAAGCUGCCAUCUGAUCAUCCAGCUCCUGAGAAAAAGGAGUUGAGAAGAAAACCAAAAAAGGUGAAAAGAAAAUGCUUCUGGUGGAUUUGACUUCCUUAGGAAACCUUCUAUGUUUCAAAAAACACUAAACCCGAAGAGGUUGGAGAGCACACACCUGAAAAACUGCUAUUCCAACAUCACAAAGCUGAAGAAUGUUUAAUUAAAGUAUCGGAAAAAUCAAAAUAAUCAAAUUUACUUAAAUCACCUCACUCAGUAAAGGUGCAUGAGGAUACUAUUUUCAAAAAGAAACUGUUUCUUUCAAAAGGAAGCUUUCCCAUUUUUUUCCAAGGACACUUUCAUACGCUUUGUAAAGAAUUUCUUUCCAACUUUACAAAAAAUAACUAUCUCUACUUUAAAACACAAUGGUAG